AUGGCGGCCGACAUCGACAUCAAGUUACGAACUUAUUGCGCAACAAGCAUUUACAGGUACACAUCCGGUGCAGAGCUCAUUCCUCCUAGCGUCGCAGCGGGUUCGAGCACCCAGAACCAGGUGCUGGCGGCCCCGGUCGUUGGGACGGAAGUUCCCUGGGCGAUGACGCCGGAUACUGCCAAUACCUACGCCGCCGGAGCGGUUGUGACUGCCAAUGAGGAUCCAGUAAUCGUGGACGAUAGCGUCACAAUCAGCGACACUAAGACGUCACAGCCGAUAUUCACCAUUGACGUCACGGAUGCGGGCACAACCGAUCUCGUGGAGGUUACUUCCGGUUUCAGCGUCAUGAAGACUGCCGGAAGUUCCCUUUUCUCGGUGGUUAAGACUGCCACGGGAUAUGAUAUUCGCAGCGGCGCCUCCUUGAGUGCCGGAAGUUAUCCACUGACUAUCACUGCCACCGACCGCUGCGGCGACACCGCCACCGGAACAAUUACAGUAACCGUUACGAAUACAGUAAGUGUUACGUCAUCAGUGACCUGUCAGAAUUCGCGUGACGUAAAGAACAGUGUGUCGCUGACGUCGAAACAAGUUGACUUGUGA